UUGGCCCAGGGCUCGAGCGCUUCACGAAGGCAGGGAUCUAGCAGUUCUGCGCCCUUUUAGUCCCGCAGUGCAGCCAUGCCGGCAAAUUCGGAGAAGGAGCAUCUCUCCAUCGUGAUCUGCGGCCAUGUCGACAGCGGCAAGAGCACCACCACGGGCCGCCUGAUCUUCGAGCUGGGCGGACUGCCCGAGCGUGAGCUCGAGAAGCUGAAGGCGGAGGCCGAGCGCCUUGGCAAGGGCUCCUUCGCCUUCGCGUUCUACAUGGACCGCCAGAAGGAGGAGCGCGAGCGUGGCGUGACCAUCGCGUGCACAACUAAGGAGUUCUACACCGAGAAGUGGCACUACACCGUCAUCGAUGCUCCGGGCCAUCGCGAUUUCAUCAAGAACAUGAUCACCGGCGCGUCCCAGGCGGACGUCGCGCUUAUCAUGGUCCCGGCCGACGGUAAUUUCACGACCGCCAUCGCCAAGGGCAACCACAAGGCUGGCGAGAUCCAGGGGCAGACUCGCCAGCAUUCCCGCCUGAUCAACCUGCUGGGCGUGAAACAGAUCUGCAUCGGCGUCAACAAGAUGGACUGCGACACCGCGGGGUAUCGACAGUCCCGUUACGACGAGAUCGCGAACGAGAUGAAGAGCAUGCUGGUCAAGGUCGGGUGGAAGAAGGAUUUCGUGGAGAAGGGCACGCCGGUGAUGCCCAUCUCUGGCUGGAUGGGUGACAACUUGCUGAAGAAGUCCGACAACAUGGGUUGGUGGAAGGGUUGCGAUGUCGAGUACGGCAAGGAGACCAUCCACGUGGACACUGUCUACGACGUGCUCGACGUUAUGUGCCGCGUGCCCGAGAGGCCCACCAGCGCGCCAAUGCGCAUGCCGAUCUCUGGCAUCUACAAGAUCAAGGGUGUCGGCGAUGUGCUCGCCGGGCGCGUGGAGCAGGGCGUGGUGAAGCCGGGCGAGGAGGUCGUGUUCCUGCCCACGCACACCGCUUCCAACCCGUGCACUGGCAAGGUGUUCACCGUUGAGAUGCACCACCAGCGCGUCGAUUUCGCCAACCCGGGAGAUAAUGUUGGCCUCAACAUCAAGGGCCUCGACAAGAACAACAUGCCCCGCUCGGGCGACGUGAUGGUCUACAAGAAGGACACCACCCUGGGUCAGACGAAGGAGUUCGACGCGCAGAUCCAGGUGCUCGAUAUCCCCAACGAGAUCAAGGUCGGCUACUCCCCGAUCGGAUUCGUGCGCUGCGGACGCGCGGCAUGCCGCAUCAGCAAGCUGAAGUGGAAGAUGGGCAAGGAGACUGGCGGCAAGAAGAUGGAGGACCCCCACUCCCUCAAGUCCAACGAGAUGGCCCAGUGCAGCUUCCAGCCGCAGCAGCCGCUAGUGUGCGACACGUUCAAGAACUGCGAGGGCCUGUCGCGCGUGGCUUUUAUGGAUGGCAACGGCGUCGUGAUGCUCGGAAAGGUCAUCUCGUGCGAGCGCAAGGAGGAGGGCGGCGCCGGCGGCAAGAAGAAGUGAGCCUGGACGGUUCUCGCGCCUUUCCUGACAGAACGUGUGCCCGCCCCGGCCGUGCCAGAAAUUUUGGUAUGACAUUAUCUUGGCAAUGGGCGGCGCUGUUUGUUAGGAUCACGGCAGAAAAUAGCACCAACGUGUAACGCACACGUAACGUACGUGUAAUUAUGCGCGCAGUGUUGUUCGGCAGUCGCUUCUUACACAGGUCUGCUUGCGUGUAUCCCUGUUUGUCUCCAAGCUCGCCGAGCCCAAAUGAGUACCGGUUCGGGUUCUGUGGGGUCUCCGUGCUCCGUGGGUUUCUGGCCGGAGCGUCACCUC